UUUGUUAUCAGCUUCCUUCUAAACAGUACGGAGGCAGCAACAAUGGAUUUCUUCGACGAAGACAGGCCUAGAUUCGUCUUCCAAUCUCGUCCUUCUUCUUCUUCUCACACGACGGAGGAAGAAGAAGAACCUAAAAUCCCUAACAAGAUCUUUAUAUCAAUCUCCGUCGCUGUUUCUCUCAUCAUACUGUCUCUCUCCUUCUUCUACUUCGAAUCCGAGCCUGCCAAAUCGCUUCUCCUAUGGCUUGCCCUCUCCUUCCUCGUCGGUCCUUUCGCUCCUAGCUCGAUCACCGGUGGUAAGAUUCGCGUCGGUUAUGGCCAGAUCUUGGAGCCAGAGCAGAUCCAUGAUGAGUCAUCGACUGAUAACGAACGCGAAUCGAGGAGGAAGUCUGUGAAUAAACGAUCUAAAGGGACGACGAAGCAAGACAAUACGCCGGAGAAUGCUUCUACGGUGACGGAAGCUUCGAGAAAAGUGGCGACUCCGAAGUCUAAGGAGAGUGGAUCUGUGAAUGAAACCAAAGAUUGGAGUGAAGAAGAAAUCGAGCUUUUGAAGAAGCAGUUGAUUAAGCAUCCAGCUGGUAAGCCUGGGAGAUGGGAAGUGGUGGCUUCAGCGUUCGGAGGAAGAUACAAGACAGAGAAUGUGAUCAAGAAAGCCAAAGAGAUCGGAGAGAAGAAGAUAUAUGAGAGUGAUGAUUAUGCUCAGUUUCUGAAGAAUAGGAAAGCUUCGGAUCCUAGAUUGGUUGACGAGGAUUCUGGAGCUGGUGGUGAUGAUGAUGAUGAAGCUAAUAAGGAAACUUGGAGUAAUGGAGAAGACAUUGCACUGCUCAAUGCUCUGAAAGCUUUUCCUAAGGAAGCAGCUAUGAGAUGGGAGAAGAUUGCAGCUGCUGUACCUGGGAAGACCAAGGCAGCUUGUAUGAAGAGAGUUACUGAGCUUAAAAAAGGGUUUAGGAGCUCCAAAACUCCAGCCAAUUAGCUAGAGGAGAAGGAAGCCAAUGAGGGUAGACAUCUGUUUGGAUUAUGGCAAAUACCAUGAGAGGAAGAACAAACAGUUUUGCUGUCGCUACUUGAUUGUAUUGAUACAAGAUCCAGAAGUAAUCAAGAGUUAUGCAGGAAGUUUUCUUUAGAGACAAACAAGCAAGCAUCUUAAUAUGCCAAAGAUGAAAUUAACAUAGAUUCAUAAGUUAUUCUUUACUUCGACCUUUGAUUCGAAUUACCAAACUUGGGCAUCUGUGUAUCCUUUUACUAGGGAAAUAUAAAAACAAAUACCCUAAAUCCACACUUAAAUAUUCAUAUAUCAAUUCAAAGGCUACGAAUCCUAA